AUGGAAAAAGAUGCAGUCAGAGUUCUUGUCACCGGGGCUGCUGGACAAAUAGGCUAUGCUCUUGUUCCAAUGAUCGCAAGAGGGAUCAUGUUAGGCCUAGAUCAGCCUGUAAUUCUACACAUGCUUGACAUUGAACCUGCCGCCAAGGCCCUCGAAGGAUUGAAAAUGGAGCUGAUUGAUGCUGCACUUCCUCUUCUCCAAGGUGUUAUUGCCGCUACCGAUGUCAUUGAAGCUAGUAAAGGCAUCAACAUUGCUGUUAUGGUCGGUGGUUUUCCCUGCAAGGAAGGAAUGGAGAGAAAGGAUGUAAUGCCUAGAAAUGUACCUAUAUUCAAGGCUCAAGCUUCAGCUUUGGAACAGCAUGCUGCUCCAGAUUGCAAAGUCUUAGUGAUUGCUAAUCCUGCAAACACUAAUGCACUCAUCUUGAAGGAAUAUGCCCCCUCAAUCCCAGCAAAAAGCAUCACAUGCCUCACAAGACUUGAUCAUAACAGAGCCCUUAGUCACAUUGCAGAGAGGCUAAAUGUUCAUGUUAGCAAUGUGAAGAAUGUAAUCAUAUGGGGAAAUCACUCUUCCACCCAAUACCCGGAUGCCAGUCAUGCCAUUGUCAUCACCAGCAAUGGUGAAAAGUCUGUCAGAGAACUCAUCGCAGAUGAUCAUUGGCUAGACACAGAGUACGUUGCAUCUGUGCAGCAGAGAGGUGCAGCCAUCAUCAAAGCUCGGAAACUAUCGAGUGCACUAUCUGCUGCAAGCGCUGCAUGUGAUCACAUACGUGAUUGGAUUCUUGGCACUCCCGAGGGAACAUGGGUUUCUAUGGGAGUGUAUUCUGAUGGUUCCUAUGGCAUCGAACCUGGCCUUAUUUACUCAUUUCCUGUUACUUGCCAGAAAGGAGAAUGGUCAAUUGUGCAGGGGCUCAACAUUAAUGAGUUCUCCAGGGAGAAGAUGGAUGCCACUGCAAAAGAACUUGUUAAGGAAAAAUCACUUGCCUAUUCAUGCCUUGCUAAUUAAUAUACUCUUCUUUUAAUAAAUCCAUGAAAUGUAAAAGAUGUGAUAUAUUCAAUCCUC